AUGGCCAGCAAGAGGAAGUCUACCACACCGUGCAUGAUCCCUGUGAAGGCAGCGGCACUGCAGGGGGCCAGUGGUGAGGCCCAGCCCUCAGAGACUGUGUCCCAAGGGCCCCAGCAGGAUCUCCCCCCUGAAGCACCUGCUGCUAGCAGUGAGGUGACCCAGAAUACCAGCAGCACCGAUAGCACAGUGCUGGCCAACGGGCAUCGGAGCACAUUGGAUGGGUACUCGUAUUCCUGCCAAUACUGUGACUUCAGAUCCCAGGAUGUGACCCAGUUUGUGGGACAUAUGAACUCAGAGCACACAGAAUUUAACAAAGACCCAACUUUUCUAUGCACUGAAUGCAGUUUUCUGGCAAAAACCCCCGAGGGACUUUCCCUACACAAUGCCAAGUGUCACUUGGGGGAAGCUAGCUUUGUGUGGCAUGUGGCCAAGCCAGACAAUCAUGUCAUUGUGGAGCAGAGUGUCCCUGAGAAUACCAGCAGUCCUGACCUAGCAGGGGAACCCAGCACUGAGGGUACUGACGGACAGGCCGAAAUCAUCAUUACCAAAACUCCAAUCAUGAAGAUAAUGAAAGGCAAAGCUGAAGCCAAAAAAAUCCACACGCUCAAGGAGAACAUCCCCAAUCCACCCGUUGGUGAGGGCUUACCAAACCCCUCAGCUGGGGAAGCAGAGGUGAAAGUGGGGGACCAUGCCUUCAUCAACGGAGCAGUUCCAGUCAGCCAGGCAUCUGCUAUCUCCACAAAACACCCCCAUGUAGCCAGCGAGCCCCUGGUAGGGACCGUCCCAGUUUUGCCGGCGGGUAUAACACAGUUUCUCUCCCUCCAGCAGCAGCCCCCAGUGCACCCCCAGCACCACGCCCAGCAGCCGCUGCCCACGUCCAAGUCCCUGCCCAAAGUGAUGAUCCCCCUGAGCAGCAUUCCAACAUACAAUGCGGCCAUGGACUCCAACAGCUUCCUGAAAAACUCCUUCCACAAGUUUCCCUACCCAACCAAAGCCGAGCUCUGCUAUCUGACCGUAGUGACCAAGUAUCCAGAAGAACAGCUCAAGAUCUGGUUCACAGCCCAGAGGUUGAAGCAGGGAAUUAGCUGGUCCCCUGAGGAGAUUGAGGAUGCCCGGAAAAAGAUGUUUAACACAGUCAUUCAGUCUGUGCCUCAGCCCACCAUCACCGUGUUAAAUACUCCCUUGGUCGCCAAUGCUGGCAACGUCCAACAUCUCAUCCAGGCUGCUCUCCCAGGUCAUGUCGUGGGACAGCCAGAGGGCUCAGCAGGAGGACUUCUGGUCACUCAAUCACUGAUGGCCAAUGGGUUGCAAGCGACAAGUUCAUCUCUCCCCCUGGUUACGUCUGUUCCCAAACAGCCCACCGCUGCACCUGUUAACACUGUGUGUUCAAAUACAUCAUCAGCCUUGAAGGUGGUGAACGCAGCCCAGUCGCUCCUCACAGCGUGUCCCAGCAUAACCUCCCAAGCCUUCCUUGAUGCGAGCAUCUACAAAAACAAGAAAUCUCAUGAGCAACUGUCAGCUCUUAAAGGGAGCUUCUGUCGGAACCAGUUCCCGGGACAGAGUGAGGUAGAGCAUCUGACCAAAGUGACCGGCCUCAGCACCAGAGAGGUGCGGAAAUGGUUCAGCGAUCGGCGCUAUCACUGCCGGAACCUGAAGGGUUCCAGACCCAUGAUGCCCAGCGACCAUGGCACCAUCAUCAUGGACAACGUCCCAGAGGUGCCCUUUGCCUUGCCCCCCAAGGCCCCUGAGGCAACCUGCGUCUCGACAGCAGCCACACUAGUGCCCCACCCUUCUGCCAAACGCCAGUCCUGGCACCAGACCCCUGACUUCACACCAACCAAAUACAAGGAGAGAGCCCCCGAGCAGCUCAGAGUCCUGGAGAGCAGCUUUGCACAAAACCCUCUUCCUCUUGAUGAUGAACUGGACCGCCUGAGAAGUGAAACCAAAAUGACCAGGAGAGAAAUUGACAGCUGGUUUUCAGAGAGACGAAAAAAAGUGAGCGCUGAGGAGAUGAAGAGGGCUGAUGAGUGUGUCCCUCGGGAGGAAGAGGCAGCAGCGGAGGACGAGGGUGGCGAGGAUGAGCCGGCCAGUGACCUGAGUGUCUCUGGUGAAAACGGCUCCCUGGAAGGCUCGAGCAGCCAAUCCCUGACAGAGCGCAAAGUCAGCCCCAUCAAAAUCAACCUCAAGAACCUGAGGGUCACGGAAGCCAAUGGCAAAAGCGAGCUUCCAGGGCUGGGCCUCUGUGACCCCGAAGACGAUGGCUCAUGCAAGCUGGUGGAGCAGCCCCCAGGCAAAGUGAGCUACAAGAAGUCAGCCCAGCAGCGGCAUGUGCUGCGGCAGCUGUUUGUCCAGACCCAGUGGCCCAGCAACCAGGACUAUGAUUCCGUCUUGGCCCAGACGGGUCUGCCGCGCUCAGAGGUCGUGCGCUGGUUCGGGGACAGCAGAUACGCCCUGAAGAACGGCCAGCUCAAGUGGUACGAGGACUACAAGCGGGGCAACUUCCCACCUGGGCUGCUGGUCAUUGCCCCUGGCAACCGGGAGCUGCUGCAAGACUAUUACAUGUCGCACAAGAUGCUGUACGAGGAGGACCUGCAGAGCCUCUGUGACAAGACCCAGAUGAACUCCCAGCAGGUCAAACAGUGGUUUGCUGAGAAAAUGGGCGAGGAAACCCGGGCUGUGGCAGACACGGGCAGUGAGGAGCAGGGCCCCAGCACAGGAGAGCACACGGCUGUUCACAAAGGGCUGAGUGCUGCCUCUUCAGAGGAGCACAGGGAGUCAUGGGAUCCCACUGCCCCGGAGGCCAGCUCUGAGCCCUGUGACACCUCAAGUCCCCAGGCUGGACUUCAGCUAGGUAAGGAGUCCAUGAGGGGGCGGGGGGCGGGCGGCGGCUCUCCUCUGGGGUGA